UGAUUAUUAACAUUGGUCUGUAGCCACAUGUGUCUAACUGACUGAAAAUCAAGCUAUGCCUUGAAAGAAGAAUUGAACCUUCUGUAUAUCAUAAACAAACAUUCAUUUUGAAAAUGUCAGCUUCGGGAAGAAAAGAAUUUGAUGUAAAACACAUCCUGCGCUUGCGAUGGAAACUUUUCAGCCAUCCAUCGCAAACCUCAGCCAGUAGCUGCCUUCCUCAGGACAGUUUUGAGCACUGGGGGCCAAGCCAGACUCGGCAAAAGAGCCAUGGUCAUGAGAGAAGUGUUUUUCGGAAAAAGUCUGGUGAUGUAAAUGGUUCGCUGUUUUUCUCUCCCAGAAAUGGUAGACAUGGGAAUGGUGAUAAUGAACAGCAGCAGACUACGUUUUAUGUGGAAGCAGUUGGGGAGAUGUCCAGAAUGGAAUUUACACAGGAGGUCAAGCCCUUUGUUCAAGAAGCCAAAGAGGAAGAAGCUGACUCAGACUGCAGUGAAGGGACUGGAGAGGGUUGUGGACAAAGAUUGUCUAUGGCCAGUUGGCCCUUGACACCCCAAACUGAUAUGGACUCUGCCAAUCCCGAGGAGUUUUUCCAAUCUGUGCAGCAUGCUGAGCAAACUUUCAGAAAGAUGGAGACCUACUUAAAGCAGCAGCAGCUGUGUGAUGUGAUUCUGAUUGCUGGAAAUCGCAAAAUACCGGCUCAUAGACUCGUUCUAAGUGCUGUGUCAGACUACUUUGCUGCCAUGUUCACAAAUGACGUGUGUGAAGCCAAACAAGAAGAAAUCAAAAUGGAGGGGAUUGACCCUAAUGCACUCUGGGAUUUGGUGCAGUUUGCAUACACAGGUUGUCUGGAACUGAAAGAAGAAACUAUUGAGAAUCUGUUGGCAGCGGCAUGCCUGCUCCAGCUCUCAAAGGUAGUUGAUGUUUGCUGUCGCUUCCUAAUUAAACUUCUGCAUCCGUCAAACUGCCUCGGAAUUCAUGCUUUUGCUGAUGCUCAGGGCUGUACUGAACUCAUGAAGGUGGCUCAUAACUACAGCACGGAAAAUAUCAUGGAGGUUAUAAAAAACCAGGAAUUCCUGCUGCUUUCUGCAGAUGAAAUCCUUAAACUUCUUUCCUGCGAUGAUGUCAAUGUUCCUGAUGAGGAGUCAAUAUUCCAUGCCCUUCUGAUGUGGGUGAAACAUGAUGUGCAAAGGUGUAAAGACCUUAGCAUGCUGCUUGCCUACAUUAGACUGCCACUUCUUCCGGCUCAGAUUCUGGCAGAUCUGGAGAAUAACAUUCUCUUCAAAGAUGACCUGGAAUGUCAAAAGCUUAUCUUGGAAGCAAUGAAAUAUCAUCUCCUGCCUGAAAAAAGACUUCUAAUGCAAAGUCCACGGACCAAACCAAGGAAGUCUACAGUUGGAGCACUGUAUGCAGUAGGAGGGAUGGACAACAACAAAGGUGCAUCAACCAUCGAAAAAUAUGACCUGAGAACAAAUUCUUGGACACAGGCUGGGAUGAUGAAUGGCAGAAGGCUGCAGUUUGGAGUAGCUGUCAUUGAGGAAAAUCUGUACGUUAUUGGAGGGAGAGAUGGUUUGAAGACUUUAAACACUGUUGAAUGUUACAAUCUGAAAUCAAAGAAUUGGACCAUUGUAUCCCCCAUGUCAACUCAUAGACAUGGACUUGGAGUGACACUGUUAGAAGGCCCUAUUUAUGCUGUUGGAGGCCAUGAUGGCUGGAGUUACCUGAACACAGUGGAGAGAUGGGAUCCACAAAGUCAGCAGUGGACAUUUGUUGCAAGUAUGUCUACUGCCAGGAGCACGGCUGGAGUGGCAGCAUUAAAUGGAAAACUGUGUGCCGUUGGUGGCCGUGAUGGAAGUUCCUGCCUCAGUUCAAUGGAGUGCUAUGACCCUCACACUAAUAAAUGGAGUAUGUGUUCACCAAUGUCCAAGAGAAGAGGGGGUGUAGGAGUCGCAGCAUGUGAUGGUUUUCUAUAUGCGGUUGGGGGGCAUGAUGCUCCAGCUUCCAGUCAUUGCUCACGGCUUUCAGACUGCGUGGAGAGAUAUGACCCAAAAACAGACACAUGGACCAUUGUUGCACCACUAAACUUGCCUCGAGAUGCCGUCGGAGUAUGCCUUCUUGGAGAUAAGUUAUAUGCAGUUGGUGGAUAUGAUGGACAAACGUAUUUGAACACAAUGGAAUCAUAUGAUCCUGAGACAAAUGAAUGGAUAAAGAUGUCAUCACUGAACAUUGGAAGAGCUGGUGCAUGUGUUAUUGUUAUCAAGCAGCCUUAACAGUGUCAUUAUCAGGUGGCUAUACAGAAUGUACAAUGUGAAUUGCCCACAAUACUCAAGCAGGAGUAGGAGGGUUGAGGGGGGAUGAUGACCUAACUCAGAGUGCAGGAAUUGGGUUUAAAAACUGCAGAAAAUGAGUGGUCAUCUUGGUUGUAUCCUCUUCAUUUAAAAUUGAAUUACUUUGUGGUAAUUUGUAUGUACUUUAUAAUAGAAGCUUCUUGCGUUUCAAAUCUGUAAACAUCAGAGCCUUCUCCUUAUGUCUUUGGUACUUCUCCUUCUCUAACGCACAGGGGAUUGAUCUACCAGUUCACAAAGGAUAUGCAUCAUAAAAUGGCUUAAAUCAAGACAGUGUUAGCCUCUCUUUCUUUCAGUUCCUAUCAAUGGUUAUGUUUACAGCAGAAAUAAAAUGUUUGAUUGACCCUUCUUUAUAGUUAAUUCAAUUCAAGUGGUUUAAGAUAAAGUGGUUUUCACUGUAUUUAUAAAGGUGUACACAUUUUAAAAUGUUUUUAGUUAUAAGGCCAUCAUCUAUGAAAUGUCUAAGAAGUAUAGCAUACUUUUAUUUACAAAAUGUUUUUCCUAUGUUAUGUUAUUCUCACCAUUUUCAUCAACAAAAUUUGCUUGUGCACCAAGGCCUUAAGAAUCAUCCUUUCCCUAACCUAAGUUCCUCUCCAC